AUGGCAGAGUUGAAAGAGCCGGCGCAUUCCAGUCUUUGGUCCAACUAUGGAAGUCCCGUCCAGAUGGCGUCUCGAUUCAACAACAGCCUGGAUUCCGGCCUCGGAGGCCAUGCCGCCAACUCGCCACACGCAGGCCGCCCAAGAAGCCACCACCCGAGCGUAGACCACGGCUCCUACCCGUACGGUCGCUACCCCCAGGAUGAAUCUGAUGCGUACGACAGGCACGCGCAUCCAAGCCUGUCCUCCCACCACAGCUUCCCCAACCUGAAGAGGCCGUACUCCCAUACCGAGCAGCCUCCUUACCAGGAGAUUGUCCAGGAUCUGAGGGACGACGGGUCCAAGCUGACGGUGAACCACGACCACAAGCUGCUAUCCUUCAAGAGAGUGCAGGAUAAGCACACGAUUCUUGACCAGCAUGGGCGCAUGCAGCAGCUGGAGCUGUCUGCCCAGCUCCACGGAAUGUUCUUCCUCUCCGAGAUGCCCACCAACACCAACGACGGCACCAUCAUCCAGCCCGAGCUUACCUGCUACCGACGAAACCUCUUCCAGAUCAGCGGCUCUCUGAUCACCCCGCGCGGCCAGCUCUCGGUCGUCACCGAGACUGGCGAGACUGUUCCCGUCAGCAACACCGAAGUCACCAUCUCCGCUAUCGAGUCGGUCGAUGGCCAUCCCGUCCGUCUCAUCGUCAUUCCCUGGAAGACGCCCCCACCCAACUCCCCCGAGAUCUCCCAGACCGCGGACCAAGAGCCAGCAUCACUUCCCCUGAUCCCCUUCCAAGAGGACGGCUCCGAGGCCGAUGGAGAAUAUGCCGUAUACCCCAUCGGGUGGCGCCGAUUGCAGUUCAGAAUCGCUACCGCGAACAACGGCAGAAGGAAGGAACUGCAGCAGCACUUUGUGCUCCAUCUCAAGGUCGUCGCCACGCUGGCCAACGGCAGCAAGGUCGUGCUUACGGAAUCGACAACGGCUCCCAUCGUUGUGCGUGGCCGCAGCCCGCGCAACUUCCAAGCCAGGAAAGAGAUUCCUCUGCUCGGCUCCAGCGCUGGCUCAAGAGGCCAGGCCUUGGUCGAGACCGGAUUGGGUAUCGUGGCAGGACCGUUGGCAGUCAAGCCGCAAGAAGCCAAGGCAAGAGGGUUGGAUAUGCAGAUGCCCCGCUCCGCCUUCACCUUCAGCGCCGGAGGGCCCAAGAUGCCAGGAGCCCCGAUGACAGCUAUGAGAUCAAACUCCUACCCUAACUGGGGCUCCACGAACCCCGUGUCCAUGUCUCAACUGCCACCGUCCGGCUCGGGAGGUUACCCGGCGACCUCCAUGGCAGGAGAGCCUUACCAUAAGGUCCCUCUCUCGGGCGGAACCAGCUUCAGUGCUGAACCGCAAGACAUGCCUCUCCAAACAUCAAUGCCAUCGGUCCAGCUGUCGUUGGUAGCAAACGAGCAGCAGCAGCCCCCUAUCAGGACCCAAUAUGCGUACGUCCAGAGCACUACCGCCCCGCCUCCCCUCUCCGUUUCGACGACUGCGAUGGCGAGCUCGGACAAUGCGCUGAACGUCCCAAGAUACGUCGACAACCCGAGGCCCACCAAGAGCCCCAGGCACGCGAGUGUCCCUUCCAUCCACAGCACUGGCUCUCUUCCCAACGAUUCGUCGCCCGAGUACCGAUACGGCUCGUCGUACGGAGCCGUCGGCAGCAACGCCAGCGAGAUCCCGCCACCUGCCUACAAGCAGGAGCCUGCUGCCUCCCACCCCGGCCCCGCCCGAGACUACUACCCUCCCGCGAGCUCGUGGACAACAACAGCCGGCGAGCCCGCCUCGACCGUUGCCUACACCAGCGGCGAGGGACGGCCGUACGCCUUCCCCGACCAAUACGCCAGCGGAGGUUCAGCGCCGUCAACCAAGCAGGAGGCCGCUGCCCCUCCAGCACCCGGAUCAUACAGCAGCGCACACCGGGGUUCCUUUGACGGCAUGAACCACUACUCCUGGAACACUAAUUAG